CUGUUUUUCCCGCGCAAAUUUGAAAAAAGCCCUAGAGUGGAAGAAUGAGGGUCACAGCAGCGAUGGAUUCUUCGCCCGAAGCGCUGCUCGUCCGGAUCUUCAACGAGUGCCAGCAGACGCACGCAUCGCAUCGGCGGCAUCUCAAGGAUCUUGUCAAAUCCAGGCGCCAGCAAGACCAGCAAGAGUUCGCAGGGCUUUUCAAGAGGUUUGUGACCCCGAUCUUCGAUGUCAUGAAGAAGGAGCCAGCAGUAGAGCGGAUUGUCAAGUUUGUGGCCAGCGUAGUCACGUUUAGGGACGAGAAUGCGGCGGAGUGUGAUGCGUUUCUGGAGGAUUUCGUAGACUUCCUUCUCUCUGCGGUUGAUUCUUCCAACAAGAGCGUCCGAUAUCGUAGCUGCCAAAUUCUUUCUGAGGUGAUCAUGAUGUUGGGAGAGGACACUGAAGUAAAUGCGGAGCUCUGGGAUGAGAUGACUGCUGCCAUGGAACGAAGAAUCCAAGAUAAAAUUGCCGGCAUCAGAGUUUUUGCUGCUCGUUCUCUGGGUCGUUUAUUUUCCGAUGACAAAGACAAUUCGCAGUACCGACUUUCCUUACAAUUUGAUCCUAGUCCCGACGUGAGAAAAGCAGCUCUCUUGGCCAUUCCGGUCUUAAAUACAACGAUCUCGGAUAUUGUUAGCAGAACGGGCGAUGUGAGCGCAGCGGUUCGGAAAGCAGCGUAUUCAGUCAUAAGAGACAUUCCCAUACAGAGUCUGAGUAUUCGCCAGCGGGCGCUUGUGCUUCAGCGUGGCCUGCUGGACAGGGAGUCCACAGUGCAAGUCGAGUGUAGGAGCAUGUUGAAAGAUGGAUGGCUCACGAGAGAUUGCCAGAAGGAUCCCUUGAUCCUUCUUAAGCUCCUUGACGUUGAAACAAAUGAGAAAGCGGGAGAGCUUGUGAUGCAACAACUUUUGACAGAAGACUGCAUGGGGGUGGACAACAGUCAAAGUCUUAGAGACUACUUAGAUCAUGAUGGCACCAAUGAAGGUAACUUACAUUCUGCGUACCUCUCGCUUUUCAACUUUUUUUUUAUAGGAAAGAUUCGGUUCAUGGAACCUGAAGAAGCGCUGUAUUGGAGAACGCUAUGUGCACACCUACACUCGGAGGCUCAGGCGAAGAGCUCGGACGCGGCAAAAUCUCGAGGGGCUCAAGCUGACGUUCUUGAAGCCGUUGCGGCUGAUAAAGCUCAGUUGCUGGACUCGAUACUACCGGCAACGGUUGCAGAAUUUGUUACGCUGGUCGAGGCACAUCAUACCGCAGGAUCAAGUCAAUCGUUUGUGUCUCGCCAACUCCUCCUGCUAGCCAACGUGCUUGACUUUUCGGACAUGGCAAGCAGAAAAUGCGCCGCGGCUUCGAUAAAUAAUUUUCUUUACCAGUGGACAAGUCCUGAUCGCGGUCCCGAAAUGACUGGAGAUGGAAUCUAUCUGGGAGGGGGGAAGGAAUGGUCCGACGCAUUUGUGCAGCUUGCCAAGAAAGUUCAUGCAACCCCAGAUGCUUUUGAGGAGGCGAUGGCUCAAGCUGCACUGGACUUGGGAAAAGUUUGCAGAGAAGGAGGGGCCGGUGCUCUUCAAUGGCUUCAAUGUUUGGCAACAACCGGCAUUUUACUGGAAAACCUGAGAUCAAUACGCCAGUUCCCUGCUCAUGUAAUGGAAACACAAGAGAUGGUUGACGGAUUACUCAUCCCUGCGGCUAACCACUUGGUGGCGGACGUUCGACGAGCAGGUGUCAGAUGCUUGUCCCUGUACUGUUUGUCCGAAGAGCAUCCAAGCGUGCGGGUUAUCCGCCAACUUGAAGAAGCUCUUAUCAAGAGUUAUGGUGCUGAAAAGAUCAUGGCCAUCAAAGGCAUGUUCGACCUUGUGAUGUCCCAUGGUGCUGGGUUAAUGGACAGUCAGCGGGCAUCACAUUCUCCUGGGCAGAUGCAGCUGCCUCUUCUGCAGCUGCUAGCAGAUAUUCUGAGCGACCAACACGAUAUUUAUGUUCAGGAGGACAUAGGGGAAACAGAGUCCGCAAGAAGUGUUGCAGCUGAAGGUUUUGCAAAGUUGCUAUUGCAUAGUAAGCGAUUUCCGGAGCUGGGCCUUGUCCGGAGCAGGGUUCUAUCUGACUUAUUUCGCAUGUACUUUGACGAAGACACGAAAAGCAUCCCGAGGUUGGGACAAUGUCUUUCUGUUUUCUUUCACAACUACGCGUCGGCUACACCAGAACAUAAGCGGUGCAUCGCUGAGGUUUUCGUCCCUGUGUUGCGUAAAGAAUGGCCUGGUCUUACUGGAAGUGCAUGCAACUCACAUAUCGCCGCGAUCAGGAAAAAAAAUGCGUCUCACUUGUCGCGGUUUAUGCUUGAGCUCCUGAAGCAGCCAUUGUUCUCGCAGCAAAACCCCGAUGAGUCUGCUGACUUCGCAAUCCUUGCAAUCGAUCUAGCUCGUGAGAUAAUGCGGUUUUCAUCGAGAAAAACACUAGCUGUUAAAGCUUACAAGUCCGCGCUUUGCAAGGUUCUCGUUUCAUUAAAGUUUCUGCCGUCACGACAGAAAGAGAUCAGGGCCAUGAGAGCGCUCCUUUCUCUGGUCAUCGAUGAGAUGGCGGGAGAGAAGCUUCUGCUCAAGGAACUCAGGGCAAUGGCUGCAGAGCUCAAGAGCUUGGACUCGACCAAGGAUGAAACUAUUGGAAACGACGAGCUAGAGACUCUCCUAGCUUCGUUGGGAUUCCUUGCCGAAGACGCUCCGCCAGAAGCAGCACCAGCUAAAACACCACGAAAGCCCAAGGCACGCGCAGCUCCGUCAAGUGUAUCUUCCGAUUCUUCCGAGAGUGGCGUCCAGACGCCACCAAAAGCCACCGCCAGCGUCGCUCGGUCGCAGCGGAAUUGCAAGACAGUGGCGAUGGAGCGAAUGCAAUCGAUCCGAGCGACCGCCAAGAGCAAGAUGAUCGAUUUCGAGUCGGAAGAGAGCGAGACAACGUCAGAGGAAGAACUCGAGUCUCCUAUAUAAAUAAGUUUGUAAGAGAGAUCCAGAGUUUAGGGUUUUGCGAAGAUCAAAAAAAUGGAGGGAUUCGGA